AGAGAGGCGCUUCGAGUCAAACGGUUGGCGCAGAGACUCCUAGAGUCACCGAAUCAGUGUAUCAAGAUAUUCACCGAGGAAGAGAUCAAGCAAGCCACUCACGUCACGAGACCAGUUUUCUUGGUGGAGGAGGCCAAGGAGUCGUAUUCAGAGCCACUCGCGAUCAAAAGAUCUCGAAACUGGGACCCUGACCAAGCUGGGCAACCUGUUCCUACCAGAACAGGCCAGCUCACCACAUUGGUCCAAGGUACCUGGGGCUACCUUGAUCCGGAGUAUCUCCGGACACGUACCUUAACAGAAAAGAGCGAUGUUUAUAGUUUCGGCGUGGUCUUGCUGGAACUGCUGUCUGGAGAAAAGGCGAUAAGCUUUAACCCCCCACACGGGGAAAGGGUUCUGGUCAGUCACAUAGACGCCGCGUUCAAAGGAAAUCGCCUAAGUGAGGUGAUGGAUCAGAGGGUGGUGACUGAUGACAAUCAGGCAGUGAUCCACCAAGUAGCUCUUCUGGGGUUGAGUUGCACCAGAAUGUGUGGAGUUGAACGGCCAGAUAUGAGGAGAGUGGCUGAAGACCUUCGAGGUUUACAAGCUUCAGGACAAGUAGUACUGCAGGAUGAGGCAGGUCCAUCUGGAUCCGCUUUUGAGAUCGAAGAAAUUAACUAG